ACAUUUAUUACUUUUAAACAUCUUUCUCCCAUUUCGAACUUGUGCAACACUUGAAAGACGAUCGUUUCUUUUAUUUUGAAAGUACCUGCAGGAAGUAAAUAUGUUGGAAACGUGUUCUUCGCCAAAAAGGCGAAGUAACUUCAAGUUUCUCUUUCCCCACAGCUGCAUUAAAAAAAAAAAAAAAAAAAAAAUCGUCGGCCACAUUGUCAAAAUGAGGACAUGAACAGUUUCUAUUUGGCGUGCGGAAGUCGGCGGUGAUGGAGUUUCAAUAAUGGCUUCCCGACAAACUCCCAGGGCCAAACUUUUGUAACUGGAAUCGUGAGCGCCCCCAAAUUGAAGGAGAAAACAGCAGGACCAUGGCACGUUGUGCUUACGGCACUAUUUUGGCAUUGGUGUGCGGCGUUUCCCUUUUCGGCGUGGCCAAGGGUUCUCUGUCCAUACCUUUGAGAAUCUUCCCGGGGAAGUACAACGUGUCGUCGUCUGUCACUCGCCUGGUCGCGCUCGCUCCCGAUGGGAAGGGUCUGUCGUUGGCCUCCGACCCCGGCGGUCGGGUCGACUUUAUGGACAUGGUGGGCAACCUACAAGGGGACUCCGGAAGAGGAUACUACAUGGAAAUGUUCAUCGGCACGCCCGGACAACAGCUGAAUAUCCUGGUGGAUACCGGCAGCAGUAACUUUGCAGUGGCUGCUGCUUCACACCCGUUUAUUACUCGCUACUUCGACACCGCACUCUCCAGUUCCUUCAGGUCAGAGGGCCAAACUGUAGCUGUCAGGUACACGCAGGGAAACUGGAUGGGGGAACUUGGCGUUGACCUCAUCUCCAUCCCCAACGGCCCAAACGGUACCAUCAGCGUCAACAUAGCCGCCAUCUUGUCAUCGGAGGGCUUCUUCCUACCUGGGAUCAACUGGCAGGGCAUCCUCGGGCUGGCCUAUCCCAUGCUGGCUCGGCCAGAUUCAACCGUGGAGCCCUUCUUCGACUCUGUGGUGAGGCAACUCGCUAUCCCCGACGUCUUUUCCCUCCAGAUGUGCGGCACUGGAAUGUCGGCGGGCGGCUCGGUCGACCCCCCGGGUGGCAGUCUUAUCAUGGGUGGGGCUGAACCAUCUCUGUAUCGGGGGUCCAUUUGGUACACCCCUAUCGUUGAGGAAUGGUACUACCAAGUGGAGGUUUUAAAGCUGGAGGUUGGCGACCAGAAUCUGGACCUUGACUGCAGAGAGUAUAACUUGGACAAAGCGAUCGUCGACAGCGGCACGACGCUGCUGCGACUUCCCGUCAACGUCUUCAACGCGGUGGUGGACGCCAUCACGCGCAGCUCUCUGAUCCAGGAGUUUUCGGCAGGGUUCUGGGACGGGACCAAGCUGGCUUGCUGGAUGAGGGGCGACACCCCCUGGCGGUUUUUCCCCAAACUGUCCAUCUACCUAAGGCACACGAACACCAGUGAAUCCUUCCGCAUCACCAUCCUUCCUCAGUUGUACAUCCAGCCAAUCACAGACGUGGACGGUACGCUGGACUGCUACCGCUUUGGGGUCUCUUCAUCCGCCAACGGCCUCGUGAUCGGCGCCACCGUCAUGGAGGGUUUUUACGUGGUUUUUGAUCGUGCCCAGCGCAGACUGGGCUUCGCACUCAGCGACUGCGCAGUGAACGGCGGGGUGGCUCUGUCCCAAAUCGACGGGCCCUUCUCCGCGGCGGACGUGGCGGCGGACUGUUCGGGCCGGGCGCUGCGGGAGCCUCUCCUUUGGGUGAUCUCCUACGCUCUCAUGGCCGUGUGCGCCGUCAUCCUGGUGGUCCUGGUCCUGCUCCUGGUCUUGCCCUGCCGACGGCGAGGCUACUCCGGGGAGAUAACCGACCAGUCGUCUCUGGUGCGGCACCGCAUCAAGUGACUGAGAGGGGAGGCGCGGGCGACGGGCGCAAUCGGGCUGGGCGCCGGCGGGCAAAGCGCCGCCGCCGAGGUGGAAAAAGGGGUGAGGCCGCACCAUGAGGUUGACGGGGAAGGUUCCGCCACUUUGGAGAGGGACAAUCCUGAUAAACUCUCAAAAGACACUGUCAGUGGUGCGCAAUGAUGUCACGAUUUGUAUUUUAACCCUUGAAGUGCUCCCAUGUCCAUGCGGAUGGCUGAAGCAAAAAUAUGAAUCUGUGCUUUUCUUGGACAAAAUAAACACUCGAUAACUUAGAAUAGUGUCGAAAGAUUGAGAUAUUUUAGUAGUUAAUAAAUUAAAAAAGUAAGUUAUACAUUAUAUAGAUUGUCCCUGCACUGAAAAUAUUUCAUAAUUGGAGUUUUUGGAUUCAUCGCGUACAGCAAACGAAAACUCCACUUUUUUUUUUUUUUUUUUUGGCAGCAAUUGGCCUAAAAAGUAUUUUCCCAUCCACGUACAAAAUCUAUAAAAAUGUGAUUAUUGAAAUAAAUUAACCUUUCCAGCAUGUUCUAAUUUAUUGACAUGUAUCUGUAGCAAAUAGUGAAGCGUUCCAAAAAAUUGAAGGUCGGAUUGAAAGUUCACAAGCUCUAAGGCAGGGGUGUCAAACUCAUUUCCCUCGCGGGCCACAUCGUGGUUCCGGUUUCCAUCAGAGGGUCGUUAUGACUCUGGAACCAUAAUAUUUAAUCAUAUCAUAUUUACAUCAUCAAUCUAUGAAAUAUUUUUGGAAUCAAAUCAACGGUAAUGUGUUUUUCAACUACUCAUGUUUGGUAACACAAAAAUGUAAUAUCUCAACUUUGUCGGUUAUGAUGCGAGACAAUUUGCAAAGACAAUUUUUUUUUUACAAUAAUAGUUGAAAGUGACACUCCGAAUUUGGGUUGGCAGGCCGGAUCUGGCCCCCGGGCCUUGGGUUUGACACCUGUGCUCUAAAGUAUCUUUUGGGUUCAUCGUGAAAUUUCACCCGGAACCAGAAUUUUUGAACCUUUUGUGAGUAGCGCAUGUAUUACAGCUGUCAUUCGCCCAGCAGUUGUAAUCAUUUUUUGGUAGGUCUGUUGCAGCAUGCGUUUCCCCUCCCAUCGGUCACGGACGGUUGUUACCCUCUUUGUUCCUUUUCAAUUCGCCUCCCAAAUUACGGUUACAUGCGAGGAAGGUAAAGCUGCUCGAACGGUUGCUGACCGUAUUGGAGGCCGUGUGUCAGGACCGGUCCAAAUUAUUUGCGUUUUGAGACAAGCUGAUCCACUGUUCCCUUUUGACAAUUUGUUUUUGUAAAAAGGUGAAGAGCGCCUCUACGCUCUGACCAGAAGCGUCUCAAAACGGGCGACUUUCACUUUUCUGUUUACAAGACCAGUUUUUGGGUUGCACUCGUGAAGCCCAAGUUGAUGUACAAUUCUGACGCCAAUUCUGUGCUGUUGUCUUCAUGUAGUUGUACUUAUUGUGUUGGUGUUCAACUGGAUAUUGAAAUGUGUUUGAAUGUGAUUUUUGAAUAUUUCUGAAUUUUGGCACAUACUGCACAUUUGCAACGAAGUAAUACUGUAUUCCUUCUUACUUAACUUACUGACUGACUCAAGAACAGGCACAUCAAAGCUCCUCGACCCGAACAUGCUUUGUAGCUUCUUUUUAAAACCUAAAUGUGGUAUCUAGUGCCAUCUAGUGGAAUAGAUGGCGACUGCAAGCAACUGACCCCCGAAGAAAGCAGAGUUCUUGAAAAUAAAUAAAUAAAAUGAGUGUAUUUUUCAUGUGCUAAGAUUGUAAAUGCUGCAAAUAAAGAACUCAUGACCA